GUCUGGAGGGUGGAGGCCAGAACCAUAUGGAGCGGCAUUCAACAUUUUCAUCUCCCAAGUCACUGACGCUCAUCAUCCUAUUGACCUCUGACUUGCAGACGCUUGACUCUCCUAGCGCCAUCGCACUCGUGACUGGCAGAUCUUUCGAUCAUGCGCUGCUCUUUGCUUCUUGCCGCGUGUGCAAGCCUUCCUUUCGCGGCGCUGUGUGCACAGAUCCCCUUCCUGUCAGAGCUUCAGGACCCCGCGCUGCCAAAGGCUGAAGUCACCGUGAGCCUGUCGAAGGAAGGUGACAGCUUUGAGACUCUGGUCAAGCACCCCAGCGUACCCGCGCACACUCUGCGGUUCACUGAACCUCCCAAAGAUCUUUGCGAGCGCAGCUCAGCUCGCUCAUGGUCGGGUUAUCUCGACGUGGACGUGGACGCGCUCCACCGCCAUCAGGAUGGCAGCGACCUUGCUAGCGCAGGCGGCAAACACCCCAACGCUACCAUUGAGCACUUCUACUUCUGGGCAUUCGAAUCUCGUAGCGGUCGACCGCACGAGGAUCCCACCUCUUUGUGGCUGAAUGGAGGACCUGGCUGCUCGAGCUUUACCGGACUGCUCAUGGAGCUUGGGCCUUGCAAUGCUGCGCCUUUCAACACCAGCAAAGGUCCUCACACAGAAUGGAACCCUUGGUCGUGGAACAACAACGCGACCAUACUGUUUCUAGACCAGCCUGUAGGCGUGGGCUUCUCCUACGCCUCGUGGGCCAACACUACGCGUAAGGAUGACGCUCCUGGGCGCAUAUACGACGCUGCCGCUGCUGCUCGUGAUGCGAGCGCAUUUUUGCAGCUAUGGGGCAUGCAUGCCAAAUCCAUCUACUCCAAGGACGGCGAGGAAAGCAAAGGCAUCUCCACUUUCCACAUCGCAGGAGAGAGCUACGCGGGCCGAUGGAUCCCGUACAUUGCGGAGCAGCUCCUGAGAGAUAAUGAGGAGGCCAAAGAACACCCCGAGCGCGGCAUCGAGCCCCUGCCUCUUGCUUCGGUACUGAUCGGAAAUGGCAUCACCUCGCCGAAACACCAAUUCCCAGCAUACGUGGACUACGCCUGCUCCAACAAGAGCGGCUAUGGCAUCUUCUACCCCAAGGAGCAAUGCGACGACCUUUGGGCCGCGGUUCCGGUCUGCCUUGCGCUCGUCGACAAAUGCAACAAGCCUACUCAUACUGGCCGGUAUGACGAAAAGGCUUGCGCAGCUGCAACGCUCUACUGUGAAGACUCGUUGCAACAGCCUUGGGCAGACACCGGCAGAUCGACCUAUGACUGGGCCCACUGGGGAGACUACGAGCAAGAAGAGUGGGUAGCACAAUUUCUGAAUGCCGCAAACACGAAGAAGGGUCUUGGAAUCGACAAGCGCGGCGCUGGUGACCAUCACGAUGGUGUGUUCGUCGGCUGCUCCGACAAAGUCUACGAGAAUUUCGACUCGACAGCUGAUGGACCAAAAGAGAGCACAUGGGCUGUAAAACGUCUGCUGGAAAAUGGAGUGCGCGUGCUCGCCUAUUCUGGCAAGCGAGACUUCAUUUGCAACCACAUUGGUAACGAGGCUUGGACUCUGGACCUCGAAUGGAGCGGCAAGGAGGAAUUCAACAAGCAAGAGCUGAAGCCUUGGAUCGGUCACGAUGGUCAGCAGGCCGGUUCAUACCGCAACUAUGGCAAUUUCACCUUUGCUAUCGUUGAGGGCUCCGGUCACUUCGUGCCGUUGGAUCAGCCGCAAAAUGCCCUGAUCAUGCUCAACAGAUGGCUGCAUGAGCCAGCUGACGGCACAUUCUGAGGCCAGUCUUGGAGGUUGACAUGCGAUCCAUGAAAGAACGACAAGCAACAAAGCACAGCAAGCGCAUCAAAUGAAAUUUGAUCUGAAAACAAGGAUG